AUAAAGUGAUAGGCAGCAAGCCGCUUCUGGGUUUUGCUUUCAGGCGAACUCCUGCUGAAUCGGUGUGAGUGUGUGUAUGUGUGUACGUGUGUGUUUGUGUUUGUGUGUGUGUGUAAGAGUGCGUGUGUGCGUGGGGCGUUCACUCUUCCUCCUACCACAGUAGCAACACUUGCAGCAGCGUCAGCCCCGGACAAAAGGCUAAACGCAGCCGAGCCACAGGAGGGGAAACUCAGGGAUAGAAGCAGGCAGAGUGGCCCAGCGUGACUGCACUUCUCAGGGAGGAACUCUAACCUGCCUGUUCGCCCUCCUGGCCGUGAAGUGGAGACAGGACAGUUCACUAUACCAGCACAGGCUGCCUGUCAGUCGCUCUGCUAGACCUGAGGAGCACACCUCGCUACUGACAUUGUUUUUCAUUUACGCCUCAGUCUCUGUUCUCCUUCCUUGAGAUUCCUGCACCUGCUCUUUUUUUUUCACCCCGGGCGUCCAUCCCUUUUCAUCCGCCCGUCCUCCGAGAUGUCAGACGAUGACUGCCGCUCGCCCAUCGGCCUGGACUGCUGCAGUUGCUGCCUGGACCUGGCCAACGGCUGUGAUGACUCCCUGUCGGCCAGUCCGGCCCAGGGCCUCGGUAGUGCCGGGGGCCUGCCAGGAAGCCCCACCAGCCCCAGUGUCAAUCACUUCCGCCAGCUCCGCAACCAGCUGAUGUACCAGAACCUGAACACAGACAAGCUGAACAACAUCAUGAGGCAGGACUCCCUGGAGUCGGUGGUGAGGGACCCCUGUUUCCUGCUCAAUGAGGGGAUCUGCAACAGCAACAGCAACAUUGACCAGACCAUGCUGUCCAUCCUGCUCUUCUUUCACAGUGCCUCUGGUGCUAGCGUUGUGGCCAUCGACAACAAGAUCGAACAGGCAAUGGAUCUCGUCAAGAACCACUUGAUGUACGCCGUGCGCGAGGAGGUGGAGAUCCUCAAAGAGCAGAUCAAGGAGCUGGCGGAGAAGAACAACCAGCUCGAGCGGGAGAACUACCUGCUGAAGAACUUGGCCAGUCCAGAGCAGAUGGAGAAGUUCCAGUCUCGCAUUCCGGCGGACGCGCUGGAUAAUCAGAGUGGCCAGGGGGCCCCGGACCAGCACCAGCACCAGCAGACCUGCAACUACAGCACUGGCUCUGCUGUGUAAGUGGCUCUGCCUUGGGGCGGGCAGAGCCACUGUCUCCUUACAGUAAUGGACCUCCAUUUUGAAUGAAAGUGUUGCAAAUUUGUCCCCUGAGAACCCCUUCGCGAAGGGUGAAGCAUCGGGGCUGUAAAUGAUCGAUGGGACUCAAAACGAACUGCUGACCCUGAUAAGCACAAAACCAGAACUUGAAUGCGCUCUGACUGGUGCGGCGUCGGGCUUGUCCUCUGAUUCCGUCCAACUCUUUGACGCUGUCUCGCUUCUGUAGACAAAAGCGCUAAGAAUAGAGCGGGCUGACUAGUCACCGACGAGCGCUCGCUUCGAGACAGAGGGGAGGGGGUUAUUCCCUGCCUAACCGAAACCCUCCCAACAAUCACCCUUUGCACUAUAGAGGGGGGGGGGGUGAAGAGGAGGUGUUGACUGGGCUGGCCCUGCAGGUGCUAACUUGGGACAGCGUAGGGGAAGACUGCUCCCCUGCUCACCCAGAGGAGACCCCAGAGGAGACCCCAGAGGGGACGGUCCUCCAAGUCUCGACAAGAAACAGAACCCCAUCGUGCAGUUUUAGUCUGGUCUCCGAAUACAAGUUUCAAGGACUCCCAGCAGCACAUUUCAGCCACACAACAAGGAUUUUUCUGUACCUCCAAUGUAUUACUCACGUGUUCGUGUACAUUUUUGUUCAUGCCUAACAAGAAUAAUCAACAGGAUAAGCUACAGCAGGAGAGGUGGAGGUCAGUGCAGAGCUGGUGGUCGCUGCUGUGGGCCGAUCUGUCUGCUGUAAUGAUUCAGAUCGUGUAAUCUUGUAUCGUCUGCAGUUGGGGCUUGCUGCUUUACGGGGGGAAACUAAUUCUGCUAUCUCUACUGUUUUUUGUUUGUGAUUCUAAACAAAAAUCAGUUGUCGUAAAAUAGGAGCAUUGUACAGUGGUCUUAACAGAUUUUAUAUAUACAGUACUGGAGCGCCAGGCAUAUCUGCCCACCUUGUUUGCCUAGCUCUUUAUAGUAAAAGGAAAGCUAUAAUGUACAUGAGGCGGUAAUGUCUUGAGCUGAACGUAGAUUGUGAGAAAGUAAUUCUCGCUGCAGAUGCACUCCUGAUUUUUAAAAAAAAUUUUUAGCAGCGUCGUCCAGAAACUGGUCCGAUUUUUUUUUUUUGCUCAGUUGCCAACUUGAAAACGAUGGCAUCACAACAGUGCCUGUCGGAAGUAAGAGUGGAACCCGUUCCAAAAUUCAACUCUGUUGUUGUUUUCUAGCUACCAAAGACUUUGCCUUUCCUUUUUUUCUUUUUUUUUCCCCUUCAACAACAACAGAGGCUGAGCAAACCAGGACCAUGUGUGAGACUUCACAGGGAGAAGUUUUUGUUUGUAGCUAGCGCGAAGAGUUUCUAUGUGUUUUGUAAAGGUAACGGUGUUGUUGCUGUACAGUAUCCUUAAAACGGUUGUGUUUGGAUACAACUGCACAUUUGCAAUAAACCUUAUGUUUACAUAAUACAA